GGGUUUAAGUAACGGACAUGUACCCGUUGGUAAUGAAAGAAAUCCAAACAAUUGUUAAAAUAUAUUCCGUCUCUUAGACUGUAAAUAUAGAUAAGCGGAUGUCUAAAUACAUAAUCUCAAUACAUCGUAUUUGCACAGCGAGGAGGCGAAUUAUCUUAAAAACUGAAAACCCAACGGUGACACCUCUGUGGUGUUUGUGGUCUGUUACCUGUCACACGGGUCCUGAGGUUGUCUCACAGCUGAAGGAGAAAAAAGGAGCCUCCAAUAACCAGGUAACAAAAAGGCUCAGAAAAGAAAGAUCUUCAUGUCAGCCAGUACUGGACCUCUUUGACCAGCAGUAUAGUCAGGAACUUGGAGACUUGUGGGCACCUGCGAGAGCGGUGCUUCUGGACCCUCGCUCUUGGCAGUAUGGUGUUAUGCUCAACCGCUUCAGCGUUGUGACAGGCAUCACACAGAUUCUUCAAUCCCAGGGUUUUUCCACAUUGCUUCCGCAAACAGAUGCCUCAACAUCGCUUUAUAAUGGCCCCUCAACAGCGUCAAAUUCUAAACACCAGGCAGGAACAGACUCUUUGUUGCCACCUGACUACAUCUCCAAGUGCCCUCCUAAUGCCUCCCAUCUGCAACCUGACAGCACCUCUCAUGCGCUCGGUCAAGACCUUCAAUCAGAGCCUUCACUCAGUUUGCUCCGUCCUACAUUGCAAUGUUACAUCCAUCCAUAUCCGCUGCGGUUUCCCUCUCCGGCUCACAGGCCUGGCCAGCUGAAGCAGUACUACCUCCUGAAUGCUGCCUCCCUGCUUCCAGUGUUGGCUUUGCAAGUCAGAGAUGGGGAGAAGGUUUUGGAUCUUUGCGCUGCUCCUGGAGGCAAAGCCUUGGCCAUAAUGCAGUGUGCCACCCCAGCACUCCUCUGCUGUAAUGAACCAGACCCACACAGACGGGACUGGCUGGCCAAAACCCUGGAGUCUUUUCUGCCUCGCUCACUAAUCAGCAGAGUGAUUGUGUCUGCACAGGAUGGACGGUCAUUUGGGCAGAGUGAAGCAGGAACAUAUGACAAGGUUUUAGUCGAUGCUCCAUGUUCUAAUGACAAGAGCUGGUUGUAUUCUUGCAGUAGCCAGCAGGGGGAACACAGACUGAAGGAAAGAGCCAGGCUGCCUGCACUCCAGGCUCAGCUGCUUAGGUCUGCACUGUCAGCAGUGCGUCCAGGGGGCGUUGUGGUCUAUUCAACUUGCACUCUGUCCAGCUCUGAGAACUGUGCUGUGGUUGAGACUGUGCUGAAUGACUGUCCUGAGGCUGUACCCGAAGACCUUUGGGAGGAGAUUGCCAGUCCUUUAUCAAAAUACUUUACAUUUAGUCCUGCUCACUCUGGUCAUGGACAGACACCUCAAAAGCCAUCCCCGCAGCCACAGAAUGGCACUUCGUCCUCUUAUCAUCACAGACUUGGCAUUUUAGUGGUCCCUCAGCCCGGCAAGACCUGGGGACCCAUGUUUUUGUCUCGGAUUAGAAGAAGGAAAUAGUGUGUGGAUCCUCCUGUGCAGAAAAGAUAUGUGGAAACAGAUGACUAAACAUGCAUGUUUCUUUUGUUGGACUUUUGUUACUCGUGGGUUUUUGAAGAUGCAAGUGGAAGUUGCUUGUUUCUCAAUCACACAAACUGGCAAACAGACUAAUUCACAUUUAGCACACUGAAAACUCUGCACAGUGCCAACCACUGAUGGGCGGACUGAUCCGAGUUGAUACAUUUAAAUGUAUCGAGCCUUUUUAACCUUUCCAGUUUUUGCAAAAUAUGGUGUCAGUUCCUCAGUGACACCCCAUUACAGUACAUGCACGUUCGACAGUUGGUGCUGCCUGCUCCACAAAGUCUCUGUUCAGUUCAUUAUCAGUCAUCAUGUAUUAAUAAAGAUCAAAUAUUCAUUUUAAUGCAUUGAUUCAGUGUCCCACUGGUGCGUAGGUAGGCCAUGCAAGCUCACGAUCUGCGGUUCUUUUGGGAGGCACGUAGCAGACGUCCCACUUACCUCCGCGGUCUUGUGCUGGAUUCAUGUGUUGUCGGAAUAAUCUGAAAAAGUAGUUAUUUAUUCAUUUUCUGUAACCGCUUAUCCUCGCAGGGUGGUAGUGUGCAAGAGGCUGACACAUAGAGACAACCGUUCACACUCAUAUUCACACCUACGGGCAAUUUAGAGUCACCGAGUAAACUAACCUGCAUGUCUCUGGACUGUGGGAGGAAGCCAGAGUACCCUGAGAAAACCCCGAUGACAUGGGCGACUGGCCGGUGGAUUCGAAACCAGAACCCUCUUGCUGUGAAGCGUCAGGCCUGACGACUACACCGCCAUGCUGUCCUUGAAAAAGUAGUUCCCAAUUUUAUUUCAUGGCUCACCUGAUCUGCUUCCUGCUCUUCGUUAUCAUCGUGUUUCAACACUCUGAACAAUAAAACACAACACAUCUACACUUUGUAACGUCCGUGCUGUUUCCAUAUUACAACAUAAAGCUCAUCAACACAUUGAAGUUGGAAGAACA